AUGGAUGGGCUUCACAAUGGGCUUCGCCCUCAACCGCUCCUCGGAACGUGGAAAGCACCAGGACCUUUUCGACCUCAGAUCCUUUUGAAAGCACUGCGCGACCGGGGUGUCCCCCGAUGGACGACCUGGAGCAGCGGAGCCUCUCGGGCGACCCUGGCCCUGGCCUUGGCCGCUGUGCCACAUUGGCGCGGCACAGCACGCCGGGUGGCACACCACGCAGUAGCUCCAGGCGCCGCGGAUUGGGCGGCACCAGUGGCUGUGGCUCGGAGUGCAGCGGGCGAGGUGGAGUUGGCACUGGGUGCUGUGGAACAACUCGUGGAUGGAACCAGGAGAUUGUAUGGCCAGAUCUUGGAUGAGGCAUCCCAAAGCUGGGUGCCUAUCCUACUGGUGGAGAGCCAGGGCGUGUGGCAGAACCAAGAUCUCUCAUUGAGUUUUUCGGUAGAAGAGAUGCUGGGCCAUGACAACUUGGACGCUGCCGCGCCGUCCUGGCCAAGAGAAGUGGUCCAAGAGCUGUCCAAGUGGCCGUUGAAGGGCCCGGGCACGGAUGACUGA